AUGAACUUCCACGACGUUUACACGCGCGAGCAGGCGCAGGCCGUCGCCCCUCCGCCUCGUCUUAUAACAUACCAGGACCGUGAGGACCACCGUCGGCGGCAGCGCCGCCUCCUCAUCGCCGAGGAGGACGAGCGAGCCAUAGCGGAGUGGCGCCGGCGCCACCCGGAGGACGUCGCCGACAAGAAAGCCUUCUGGGCGGAGAGGACGGCAAGGUGCCGCUCGGAGCGGGCGGACAUGCACCGGCGGAAGACAAUGGAGAACAGGGGCUGGACAUGCCACGGGCGCGACGACGGCGACCACACGACAGCGAUUCAGGGCGGGGCAGCAAUGCAGGGAGAAGCAAUCGAGCACGGGCGAGCUACUGGACAUGAAAUGAACGUAAACCACCCAUCUUAUUAG